AUGUCGUUCCUCGACAAUGCAUACACGCUGGUCAAGGACAGCGCAACGGAGGGGACUCCGACCCUCCAGGAGCUGAAGACUCAGCUCGAGAAGGGCAACGACGAGACCAAGAUUGAAACCAUGAAGCGCAUCUUGACCAUCAUGCUCAACGGCGACCCCCUGCAUGGUCUGCUUAUGCACAUUAUCCGCUUUGUGAUGCCAUCCAAGUCCAAGCCCUUGAAGAAGCUCCUAUACUUCUACUAUGAAAUUUGUCCCAAACUUGACUCUCAAGGGAAGUUGAAGCAGGAGUUCAUCUUAGUAUGCAACGGCAUCCGGAACGACCUGCAACAUCCCAAUGAGUACAUCAGGGGCAAUACGUUGCGCUUCCUCUGCAAGCUUCGCGAGCCCGAACUACUCGAGCCUCUUCUUUCUUCUGUGCGCGCCUGUCUGGAACACCGGCAUGCUUAUGUGCGGAAGAACGCCGUGUUCGCUGUCGCUUCUAUCUAUCAACACGCGCCUUCUCUCAUUCCCGACGCUGCCGACCUCAUUGCCACAUUCCUUGAGGGCGAGAGUGACCCAACCUGCAAGAGAAAUGGCUUCGCCGCUCUCUCAAGCAUCAGCCAUGACAAAGCACUGUCCUACCUGGGCACCGUCUUCGAGGGCAUUCCCAAUGCUGAAGAACUCCUACAGCUCGUCGAGAUCGAGUUCAUCAGGAAAGAUGCCCUUCAUAAUCCUCAAAACAAGCCCCGCUAUCUGCGUCUUAUUUUUGAUCUUCUUGAGGCAAACACUUCCACAGUGGUUUACGAAGCCGCGUCAUCUCUGACGGCGCUUACCAACAACCCCGUGGCUGUAAAGGCUGCAGCUGGCAAGUUUAUCGAGCUUGCUAUCAAGGAGGCAGACAACAAUGUUAAGCUGAUCGUGCUUGAUCGUGUCGAUCAGCUCCGACAGAAGAACGAAGGUAUUCUGGAUGACCUGAUCAUGGAGAUCCUGCGCGUUCUUUCUAGCCCAGAUAUUGACGUCCGUCGGAAGGCGCUCGAGAUUGCGCUGGAGAUGGUGUCGAGCAAAAAUGUGGAAGAGGUUGUUCUGCUCCUGAAGAAGGAGCUCUCGAAAACGGUUGAGCAGGAGUACGAGAAGAAUAGCGAGUACCGCCAACUUUUGAUCCAUUCCAUCCACCAGUGCGCAGUCAAGUUCUCCGAAGUCGCGGCAAGCGUGGUGGAUCUGUUGAUGGACUUCAUCGCCGAUUUCAACAACGCCUCUGCUGUCGAUGUUAUCAACUUUGCCAAGGAGGUCGUUGAGAGAUUUCCCAAUCUGCGGCCGAGCAUCGUCCAAAGAUUGGUUGAUACCCUUAAGGAAGUUCGCGCUGGUAAAGUGUAUCGUGGCAUACUCUGGACUAUUGGCGAGUAUGCCCUCGAGGAGAAGGACAUCAAGGAGGCUUGGAAGGGCAUUCGGGCAAGCUUGGGAGAGAUCCCAAUCUUGGCAUCUGAGCAACGACUCCUUGAGAAUAUGGAAAAUGAGGAGGAGAACAAGGAGCAGGAGCAGCAGGUUAAUGGCCAUUCUAAGCCCGCUCCUGCUGGCUCACGCAAGGUUCUGGCAGAUGGCACUUAUGCGACUGAAACUGCUCUCACGAGCCAGGCUGCGGCUCAAGCUAGGUUGGAAGCUGUCAAAGCUUCUCAGAAGCCUCCUCUUCGGCAGCUCAUUUUGGAUGGCGACUACUACCUUGCUACCGUGCUCGCAUCGACCCUCACGAAGCUGGUCAUGCGCCAUGCUGAGAUUUCUUCCGAAGCUGCUCGCACGAAUGCCCUCCGGGCGGAGGCCAUGCUUAUCAUGAUCUCCAUCAUUCGUGUUGGCCAGUCUCAGUUUGUUAAGGCCCCGAUUGAUGAGGACUCUGUCGACCGUAUCAUGAGCUGUGUACGCUCUCUGGCUGAAUUCCAGGACCACAAGCAACUGGAGCAGGUGUAUCUUGAGGAUACAAAGAAGGCAUUCCGGGCCAUGGUCCAGGUUGAGGAAAAGAAGCGCGCCGCCAAGGAAGCAUAUGAAAAGGCCAAGACUGCUGUUCAAGUUGACGACGUGGUUCCCAUUCGCCAACUGUCCAAGAAGAACGCAGUCGAUGGUGUGGAUCCCUUCGAGGUUGACCUCGAAAAGGCAACUGGCGGCGAUAGUAGUACCUCCGAGGAUCUCUCGAGCAAGCUCAGCCGGGUUGUCCAACUCACUGGCUUCUCGGACCCUGUCUACGCCGAGGCCUAUGUCAAGGUUCACCAGUUUGACAUCAUUCUCGAUGUUUUGCUCGUCAACCAGACAAUGGACACACUUCAAAACCUUACAGUGGAGUUCGCCACCCUCGGCGACCUCAAGGUAGUCGAACGUCCGACCAGCCAAUCUCUCGGGCCACACGACUUCCACAACGUGCAGUGCACCAUCAAGGUGUCGUCGACUGAUACUGGUGUCAUUUUCGGCAAUGUUGUCUACGAGGGUGCGCACUCCACCGACACGCAUGUCGUUAUCCUCAACGACUUGCACGUUGACAUUAUGGACUACAUCCAGCCCGCGACGUGCACAGAAACGCAGUUCCGCACAAUGUGGACUGAAUUUGAGUGGGAGAACAAGGUCAAUAUCAACUCCAAGGCCAAGUCUCUGCGCGAGUUCCUCGACCAGCUCAUGGCCUGCACCAACAUGAACUGCCUGACCCCAGAGGCAAGCCUCAAGGGCGAUUGCCAGUUCCUGAGCGCAAACUUGUACGCCAGGAGUGUCUUUGGCGAGGACGCUCUUGCGAAUCUUAGUAUUGAAAAGGAGGGUGAGGAUGGCCCGAUUACUGGCUUUCUCAGGAUACGCAGCCGGUCACAGGGCUUGGCGCUCAGCCUGGGCUCUCUCAAGGGCUUGAACAAAAUCGGUUCGGCUGCUUAA